UACCAUUUAAUUAUAGUUAUUGGAAUGCUGUUGAGAAAACUGUGACAUGCAACCGGGGUGUCUAAAAUCCUUGACUUUUUACCCAAAUGUAGUGUAGACGUCACUACAUCCUUUCAUCUGCAGAUCACCAAAUCAAUGCUUGCAUGCACUGUAAACCACAGACCUUCCUGCUGAGCAGACUUUUGGUGCAGGAAAACCAAAGUGUGUCAAUCAUCUAGGUGGCUCCAAUGAGAGGCUCUCCAUGAUGAGGAGCUAACGCUGUCGGCCGCACAACCGCAGGAAGAGACGUGGGCCGCUGCACCAUCCACAGUCAACGCAUGGCGGUAUUAGGGAACCCCGACAUGCUGACGAGGAAGAUAAAGCUCUGUCACAUCAAUGCCCACAUCACAUGUCGUUUGUGUGAGGGCUACCUGAUCGACGCCACCACCGUCACAGAGUGCUUACACACCUUCUGUAGAAGCUGCCUAGUGAAGUAUCUGGAGGAAAACAACACGUGCCCCACGUGUAGGAUUGUUAUUCAUCAGAGCCAUCCACUGCAGUAUAUCGGCCAUGACAGAACAAUGCAAGACAUUGUCUAUAAAUUGGUACCGGGACUUCAAGAGGCGGAGAUAAAGAAGCAGAGGGAAUUUUAUCAGAAGUUGGGGAUGGAGGUACCUGGAGACAUUAAAGGAGAACUUUGCAACAUGAAGACUCAUCUAGAUCAACGCAAUGGCGAUGCAAAAUCAGAGGACACGGCCAAUAAGGAGGCAGGAGAGGAGAAACCAGAAGAGGACAACGACUAUCACCGUAGCGAUGAGCAGGUCAGCAUCUGCUUGGAGUGCAACAGCAGCAAGCUUCGAGGUCUGAAGCGCAAGUGGAUCCGCUGUUCAGCACAAGCCACGGUCCUCCACCUCAAGAAGUUCAUCGCCAAAAAGCUUAACCUGACAUCAUUUAAUGAGCUGGACAUUUUAUGCAACGAGGAAAUCUUGGGAAAGGACCACACUUUGAAAUUUGUUGUUGUGACAAGAUGGAGAUUUAAGAAAUCCCCCCUCCUGCUCCAUUACAGACCCAAGAUGGAUCUGCUGUAGCUAAAACGGACUCAACGGUUGUUGUUGUUUUGUUUUUUUUGUUGUUGUUUUUUUUUGGGGGGGGGGCCCAGUGGCCGCGGACUGUGCCGAAACCUUUUUAUUUAUGCAAAGACGAUCAACCAACACCAAGCAAACACCCGACGGUAAAAGUCAACACAAGCCAGCAAAUCGGGAUCUAAAGGGAGGGGGACAAAUACAACAUGAACUGGCAACCUCCAGCACAGAUACUGCAACACUGGUGUGUUUUUAGGAACUAAAACAACCAUUUUUUGUCCGCUACAUCCUAGAUAUGUGAACAAAAAAAAAGAACAAAAAAAAACUAAUGGAGAGAAAGCAUAUAUUUAUACUUUUGUACAGAAGAGACACAUGGAACCAAGACACUACUGGUGCUCUGUUUACACGCAAACAAGAUGUCGGGAAUCACGUGACCGUCUUUUUGAGCUUCAUGCAGAUUUCAUCCUCCCGAGACUAUGACCGAGAGGAGAGGAGGAAGUUUUUUUUUUUUAAUAAAAAGGUGUUUUUCUUUUCUUUGUACAAUACACACGACUCGUCUUGGGAGCACAGAAAGUAUAUGGGAAAAGUUAUAUAACAGGCAUCAAUUUUAAGCUGUUUAUCAAGUAAAUUGUCUCUCAAUCUUUUUUUAUUUCCGUUUUGUUGGCUUUGUCUAAUUUGCUAUUGGGUUCUUGAUGAUUGUCAAUUGUGAAUAGGCUAAAAUGUUUUGUGUAGUAAUUUAUGUUCUAUAUACCAAUAUUGUACAUAAAAUGUCAUUACAAAGAGACAGAUUGAAGAGAGUAAGAGAGACUUUAGACUGUUAAAAAAGAGUGGAUCCCAGAAGUGCUAUCUAUAUUUGGGCGAUACGUGUCCGGAGGUGAUAAAUUAGGAUUUUUAAAGACAGACUCAUUAUCCGUAUCAAAAUAUAUAAAUGCAUCUUUAUGUUGUCUGAAGAAGACACAAAACAUAUUUAUCAAAUCCUCUGCCAUUUGUGUGUAUGUGGGGUCUAAGUAUGUUACAUUGCUCUCAUGGCAUUACAGGACUUUAGGUGUUUUGGCAAAUAAGAAAGCUUUGAAAAUAUCCCCCCGCCCCCAUGCUCCUCUUCUCACCUGUCUGCUAUGGAAUACAGCUAUCAUUGUCCUUUUUGUUUGUUCUUCUUUUUUGGACAUCAUAAUCAACCAAUUCUGUCUUAACAAUAAUGCUACACAAAACACGCAUGUUCAAAAAUGCCUACAAGACAUAAAUGCAAUAUUUGGGCAGAGAACUUUUGAUUUUAAUAUCUACAUUUUCACACCAUGCAGUCCUUAAUAUCUAUUCGUUUGUUUCUGCAGUCUUUCAGCAGCACCAGGCAGGCAAAUACUGAUACACCCACGUUUACAGCAUCUGGGUCGAGCUGCUUGCAGAAGAGAUUGCUAGCACCCUGCACUCUUAUACCAUGCUUUUCCUUCUGCUAUGUGUGUUGAAAUUUUACUGUAAAACUUUCUCAAAGCUGCAAUACAACCUCUUUUUUUGUAACUGUAAAAUACACACCAGUCUACUUUGUCUUAACAGUGGGGCUGCAACAGAACAUCUUAUUUGUCCAAAUUAAAUUCUGGUGUUUAGUAUGGACAAAUACUUGCUCACAGGAAGUGAAUUGACAAUUGUUAUUUAACAGUAAAAUAUAAAAUGUCUGGUAAAUUGCACACUUUCUCUUCAGAGCUGGAAUUUCUAGGUAUUAAGCACUAUAGACAGGCCGGCUUGACAAACAUGAGUGGAGUGAGUGCAGAUUACUGAUGUCACAUUGCUGUUGUUAUUGGGUGUUUUUCAGUUACUUCUCACUGCCAGUUGGAGUUGCAAAUGUGUGCAAAGUUGCACAUUGUUUAAGAAAAUCAAUUUAAGAACCUUUCUGAAAGUCAAGUGGAUAUUGUUUGUCACAAAAUCAGUAUAAAACUUAUAACAAUAUUUUGGACUUCACAAUGCACAAAUUCAGGUUUCGCACAGGUACUGAGGUUUUUUGAACAUUUUGAUAGUGAAAUUCUCGAUAAAAUGACUACUGUCUGGUCAUUUGGUGCUUAUAAAUGUAUGUUUAUAAUUUUGAGGAGGAUUGUUCCUCAGAAACAUGCUGUUCCUACUGUAACUUUGUGACACAGCAAACCAAUGUUCUGUUUUACUGCAAAAUGUCUUAAUUCACAACUUUCAAAGCAAACUGCUAAACUGUCUUUAACGAUACCACAACUGGAUCCCUGAACGCCAUGUCAGACCUCAAGUAGUAUUACCUCACUGACUUGUCUUGUCAGUAAUUAAACAAUUAUUAUUAACCCUUUGCAUUGUAUCUGCCCACAACAAGCUAUUUUGUCUGUAUGUUCACAUGCAACAGGGUUCCUAUUCAUCAUUAGGUUCUAGAAAUCUAGAAAAUACAUUCAUUUAAAAACUGUCGUAAAAUUGUGAAACAAGCCUGAAAGCUAUGAAGAAAAGUCACGAUAUACAACAGUAUGUUGGAAAUCCUCUCAUCAUUCCCAAUAUUGUGGUAUUUGCAGUUUUGUGUAGUAAUCAUCAGUUGGUCAGUCAGCCACUCCACCAUUGUGCAUCUGUCAUGAUCUUUAAAUCCAAGAUUGGAGCAUUUGGGAUAUGGAAAUGGAAAAAUGUUUAGGAACCCUGCCACAUAAGGACCUAUGAUGUGUGUAUUAAAUGAACGUUUUUAUAGCCUACAGGUCUGCACCUAACCAGCUCAACCAAAAUUCCUCCUGCAGUCUUUGAAAUCAUCUCUGCGUGUUUCAUUUCACUUCUUAUGGUAACCUUUAUGUUUCAAGGGUCUUUAUCCAGUAACCUAUGUAUGUGUUUAUUAUUUUGGGGGGUUUUUUUGCACCAAUUUUGGUAUCUACGAUCAUGCAAAGUAUGCGAUAAACAAAAAGGUUGAAAACGGCCUCCUGUUUGACCAGAGUUGGUGCACGUUUGGUUCCGAGUUGCACCAAGUCCUUGGAACUUGGAAUAUCUGCUUUAUUUCUGUAAACACUGAACAUUGUGAACUCUUGCAACAGCUUUUUGAUGAGUAGAAACUAAAUCAAAAAAAGGUGUUUUACCUAGGUAAAAAAAUUAAGCAGAUCUCUUAAAAUCUGCUCUUAUAAAUCAUCAAAAGCCAAAAACAAUGAGCAUUACCAGCUUGACAGCUCAUGGAAGAGUAUUGUUAAAACUUGUUAAAACCCCCCACAAAAAAAUAAUGUAAUAAUGUGCGCUACUAUGUCUUUGUAAGUGCAGACUUGUAUUUUUUUUUUUUUCAAGGCUUAUGCAUUUUUUCAUAGAAAUAAGGCCAAUGUCAAGUGCAUUUCAUCCAGUUGUCAAAGACACUCUGAGGUCGAGGUUACGGUGGUCUGGUUUGCAAUUUUAUUCAGGGAAAGUCCUGUUUGACCCUGGUAUCAGGCAUCCCAUAUAUUAAUGUUAUUUUGCCAUUCAGCUCUCUCUAACUUCAGUCUUUGACCUUCGCCUCACCCAACCAGAGUUCUCGUCAUAAGUGUGUCACCUCAUGGUUCUCCUGUGAGCAUUCAGUAUAUGAUAACAUUUCUUAAAUGUACGUAAGCUUUUUCCUCACGUGACUAAGCUGUAAAACCCCCAAUAAGGUGCUACUAUAAUGAUGACUACAAACAGAAAAUUUAACACAUACAUUUCUGUAUUAUGCAGAGCACUGAAUACACUGAUGCUUUCUGUUUAAAAGGACUGGCAUUGAAACAAAGAUUACAUCUGUAUGCGUGUUCAUUAGCCCCCACGUUGUUUCAUGUGGUUGUUUACACUGCAUCUUUUCCCGUUAUCACGAAACCCAUAAUUUCUUCUCAUUGCUUUGAAGUGGAAACAUUUUGUGUUUGGUUUUUUUACUUAAUUGACCACAUUGAUCUUUAGUACACUGUCAGAACCUGACAGUCUACAUACGAUGUGUUUCAGCUGCAUUGUUAGUUACACGCUUGACAGAACAGAGACGCGUUCUUGAUUUGUCAACAUUUUCACCGUGGAGGACAGAAACAACAGUAGAAAGAGUCUCAUGUGCAUAGAUUAAAUAGUCUGAGAACAGACAACUAAACUCCAACUAAAAACCCAGUAAAAGGCCAAUUGAUGGCAAGUGUAAAUAUUUUACUGUUGAUGGUGACAAAAGAGUUCCAAUAGAAAAAAACGUGCACAAACAUUUCUGCAAAACUGAUCAUGGUAGAAUCAAAAUAAAACAGUUGUCUUUCCACAACAGUUAACAUCUGUUUCACAGCCAACAGGUUCCUUUUUUUUUGUCAUUACAUUGUAAAGCAGGCACAAACACACAAAAUCAAAAUCUGAUGUCGGAAAGUUUGGAUUUCAACACAAUAGGGCUGCAGUGUGAACGAAGCCUUUCACUUUGUCCUGGUGUAUUUUUUGAGUAUUGUUCCAAGAACCCUGCGAUGGAGGGGAACUUGAUGGAAAGGGUGGGGUCUUCUUUUUGGUUGGCUUUGCCACAGUGACAGUCAGAAAUUGUCUUGUCUCUGCUGCUGGUGCUUUCUAUGGUGCUAACUCCUUGUUUCAAACUUCAGACUCCUUCUAGAAAGCUUCAGUCAGAGACAGAAAAGCACUGUCACGAAGUUCUCCUGACGCCUUUUUUCACACGUCUUUGCACUGUACGUGUACGUCCUUGAGUCAUUGGUUGUUUUUUCUUGUCAGAGCUGUCUCACUGUGCAGAAAAAAGAAGGUGCUGUUUUUUCCCCCUUAUUCAUUGGUUUGUAGGGUUUAGUCUACCCACAUGCUGAGGCUUGCUCUGGGAAGCAAAUGUAGGAAAUUUUAAUAAGUUGUAGACUGUGACAGGGACGAUGCUGUGAAAAAUAAAGAACUGGUGAAAAAUUGGGUGUGCUAGCUCCAAUUUCCUGCUUCAAAGAGAAACACACUUACGAUAGGCUUCACUGAUAUGUUUUUGCCUCCUCAAAGUCAGAUUGAGACUCAGCCUCUAACAGAUAGUUGGAACAUCAAUUACUAUAAAAGAAAAUCUCACAGUUGAUUGUUUUAAUAUUGUUCUCUUGAGCGCCUGGGAAAUUUGACCUUCUCAGCACCGCAAUGUGUGAAUACUGCUGGCUGCAUCUUUCACCUCCACCAGAGUGGACCAGAGUGGAUCGAUGGUCAUGCUUUUUUUAUUGGCACCAACAUUGAGACAUCACUGUGCCGCUACGCUUGACAGCCAAGCUAAGAAGCUUACAGGAGGCUCGACUCUGCCUCGCUGAAGAUAGGGGUCUGUAUCAGCUCUGAAAGGUCUCCGGAGUGGAGGGAGGCCGGGGUCUGUCAGAGCUUCAGCUCUCUUAACUUGUCUCCUCUGCUUUGACCUUGAAUACCUGUCAGCCUGCUUGUUAUCGCCUGCUACGAUCUGUGGGUGAGCUGCGUGAAAUUUUGAUGUCGAGGUGGUUUCUGCAGCUUCACGUAGACUGUCAGUACCAGCAGAUGGUAGUAUACCUUACCACAAUCACGUGAAGAGGAAUAAACUAUUUAUUUGGGCUUCUUUGUACAAAGUUUCUGAACUCGGACGUCUCAGAAGCUUGUUCUCUCAAAGGCAGCAACAUUCAUUUUAAGAUCGUUGGCAGCAGUGUGAUAGCUUUCUUUGUUGUCCAGCUCACUAUUUCUUCCUCAUUUUGGAGUUCUUUCUAAAGCUCAGUAAUCUGGCUUUGUGUGUGACGGAGAAGGAGACCUCAAGGGUCUCUGUGAUGGCUACAUGAACUAAAACACACUCCAUAGAAUAUGUAUCGUCUGGCCCAGGUGGCACUGCUGCAGCUGAUGCCUGCUCUGAAAAGCGCCACUUAAGGAUCGCGUCUGUUGCUUUUAGAGAUUGUUCACAGGUGGUAAAUUCAGGAAAGUCCUUUUUUUAAAGACGCAGUAGUUGAAAAUAAUUAUUUGUGUACAAGAACUAGAUUGAAAAUUACUAAAACCAGCAGUCUUACAUAAAUUGGGAAAUCAGCUACCAAAAUCACAGUGGCAUGCCAUCAUGAGCCAUAGAUGUCAUCAAUAAAUCUGUCCAUUUUUUUUAAUUAUUUAUUUAUGCGGAAUUCUGCAAUAGUUUUUUUGUUAAUGAAUUUUUGCUGUCCUUUUUUGAUUACAAAUUUGUAUUUGUCUCUUUUUUUGCUAAACCUGUUACAAACUCAUGCAUAGAAUGGCUUAAAUUAUGAAUUUACAAUUGAAUUCCCUUUUUGUAUCAUUCCAAUUGUGUUAAUGUCUGUGUAUAACAAACAUAGUUGUCUUCUUUUUUUGGGUCAAGCUCAAAAAAACUAAAUUGUGUGAAUCUGGCAAUGUGGUUAUAGUAUUUGCAAGGAAAAUGUGCAAUAUACGGUUCUCAGUUCGUUCCAGGUUUCAGCAUAGAACUCCAAUGUUUAAUUUCUUUUUGCUGUUUUCCAGUCAGUUCCUCAGGUCACUAAAUGCCUUCUGGUCCUGAGGGUGACCAGGAAAUCUCAGAACAUACACUAAUGCACCCGAAAUACAAAACGACUGGAUUUUAUUUUAGUCUUGUGUGUGUGUCUCUCUCUCUCUAUUUUUUUUUUCUUUCCCCACCCUUUUUUCCUGUGACAAUUUUCUCAGACUUUGUUUUUCUUAUUUUCAGGUUACAACAGGCACUUAUUCAGGUGUCCUUUUCCUUGCCUCCUUUUGUAUUAUUGUUAUUUAUUACAUAUGUGAUGAACUGGUUUCCAUUGCCACAUAGAAUUCAAGGAGUUUUGGGUCUAGAAUGGGGCUGGAAUUUCUUACGUACAAAACUACAGAAGCUUUUGUCAAAACCUAAGUGUGUAUUUCAUCAAUAAAUGCCUUUUAAAAGUG